AAGUAGCUUAUGCUAAAACAUUAGAUCAUAUCAAAGAAGCGUUGCAUUACUGGUUAAGUCCUGGUCACGCCCAUGAUUGUAUUAUUGUAAAAAUAGAUCCAGUUCCCCAAGGCCAAGUGCCUGUCUGUGUGAAA